AUGGAUUGCAGCAAAUUGGCAGAAGAUGGGACUCCUGAGUUAGGAAUGGAGUUCAACAGUGAAGAGAAUGCGUACAAGUUUUACAACAAGUAUGCCUUUAAAAUGGGUUUUAGUGUACGUAAAGACUAUUUGAAUAAAGACAAAGACGGCGUGACCACGUCUAGGAGAUAUAGUUGCUGCAAGGAAGGUGUAAAGCGCAAGUACGAAGGUGAUGUGAUGCCAAAGAGGACACGAGCGUCGACGAAAACAGGGUGUGGAGCUAAAAUGGUUAUCGUGUUGUUUAGAUGGACAAUGAAAUACCGUGUGCAUGACCUUGUCUUAGAGCAUAAUCAUGAGUUACACAUUGCUCAAUGUGCGCAUAUGAUGCCAUCACAAAGAAAAGUGAGUGUGGCUCAAGAAUUCCAAGCUGAAAUAAGCGAGGAUGCUGGGUUUUCAUUGAAACAGAGCCAUGAGCUUAUGGGAAAGGAGGCAGGUGGGAUGGAUAAUGUGAGAUAUACUCGAGAUGAUCUUAAACGAUAUUUUCGAACGAGACGGGUAAGGAGCUUGAAAUAUGGAGAAACAGAUAGCAUGUUGAAUUAUUUUCAAGAGCAAACACUCGAGAAUCCAUCCUUUUUUCAUGCCGUACAGCUGGACUGUGAAGAACAGAUAAUGAAAUCUUUUGGGCUGAUGCAGGAAUGUUAA